UCUGUCAACUAAAGCUGUCAUUACCAGCAAAAUUGAUUUGCAACAAAGACUUUUAAGGAGCUAAAACAUAAAAAAAAAAACUAAAGAAAAAUGUUGGUGGCAUGGGCUAAAAUGGCCACAGUGUGUGCAAGGUUUGGCCUGAAGAUUAAUCAGGCCAAUGGUGGCCAAGGUGGAAGGUAUUUGGGUAAUUGUGUGAAGUUUCCCAACCAUGCCCGCUCCUUUCACGCAUCCCUCUCGCUUUGGGAUGACAAGGGAAAGGACAAGGACAAGUUGAGCGAUGAAUGUGAGCCCGAGCCGAAAGAAGUCUGCAAGACGGACGCAGAGCUGGUCAAGCAGAAGGAUGAAUGCGAGGAUGGGGAGUCGGGCGGAGGAAAAGGCAAGGAGCUGGAGAGCAAGGGUCGCAAGGGUGUUAUCCACGCCGUCAUCGGUCCCGUCAUCGAUGUGUACUUCGAGGAGGAAGUUCCGGAGGUGCUCAAUGCCCUCAAGGUGCUGGAUUCUCCCAUCGAUAACCUGGUAUUGGAGGUUUUCCAUCACCUGGGCAACAACAUCGUCCGUUGCGUGGCCAUGGACUCCACGGAGGGUCUGCGUCGUGGUCAGAGGGUCGUCGACACCGGCUACCCCAUCCGUGUGGCGGUGGGCAAGGCCGUUCUGGGCCGCAUCCUGAACGUGGUGGGCGAUCCCAUCGACGAUCGCGGCGAGAUCAAGUCGGAUUACUACUCCUUUAUCCACAACGAAGCCCCGGAGUUGACCGAUCUGAGCGUGAAGCCGGAGAUCCUGGUCACCGGCAUCAAGGUGAUUGAUCUGCUGGCUCCGUACGUGAAGGGCGGCAAGAUUGGUCUGUUCGGUGGCGCCGGUGUGGGCAAGACGGUGCUCAUCAUGGAGCUGAUCAACAACAUAGCCAAGUCCCAUGGCGGCUACUCGGUGUUUGUGGGCGCAGGCGAGCGCACCCGUGAGGGCAAUGAUCUUUACCACGAGAUGAUUGAGUCGAAGGUGAUCUCCCUGGAGGAUGACACCUCGAAGGUGGUGCUGGUCUUUGGCCAGAUGAACGAACCGCCGGGCGCUCGUUCCCGCGUGGUCCUCACCGGACUGACCAUCGCCGAGUAUUUCCGCGAUGUCGAUGGCCAGGAUGUGCUGCUGUUCAUAGACAACAUUUUCCGUUUCACCCAGGCGGGAUCGGAGGUGUCGGCUUUGCUCGGACGCAUUCCCUCGGCGGUGGGCUAUCAGCCGACUCUGGGCACGGACAUGGGCACCAUGCAGGAGCGGAUCACCAGCACCCGUAAUGGUUCCAUCACCUCCGUUCAGGCUGUCUACGUGCCGGCCGAUGAUCUCAGUGAUCCUGCUCCGGCGGCUACCUUCUCGCAUUUGGAUGCCACCACAGUGCUAUCGCGUCCAAUUGCUGAGCUGGGUAUUUAUCCGGCUGUGGACCCCUUGGACUCCUCGUCCCGCAUCCUCGAUCCCGAUGUGGUGGGCGAGGAGCACUACAAUGUGGCCCGAGCUGUUCAGAAGACCUUGCAGGCGUACAAGUCGCUGCAGGACAUCAUCGCCAUCCUGGGAAUGGACGAGCUGUCCGAGGACGAUAAGUUGACGGUGGCCAGGGCACGCAAGAUGCAGCGCUUCCUCUCGCAGCCGUUCCAAGUGGCCGAGGUCUUCACCGGACAUCCCGGCAAGCUGGUGCCCGUGGAGAAGUGUGUGGAGGGCUUUAAGCGGCUGCUAAAUGGCGAAUACGAUGACAUCCCGGAGAUCGCCUUCUACAUGGUAGGCGAUGCGGAGGAGGUCCUGGCCAAGGCCAGCCAACUGGCCGCCAGCAUGUCGGGGGAUGAGCCCAAGUCGCCGCCAAAGGACAAGAAGGACGAAAAGGACACCAAGGAGGCCAAGCCGGAGGAGGGCAAGAAGGAGGAGCCCUCUAAAGGGGAGGCCAAGGACGACAAGCCAAAGGAUCCGGAAAAGAAGGACAAGUGAAUUUGAAUGCCUAAUUCCCCCAAAUAUGGGAACUAUAAGUAAACUACAAGAUUUCGUUUACUAAUUAUUUUUAAGAAUGUUACAUUUUGUAAUUUUUCAAAUACAAAUAAUACAAAUUUACUCAUAACAAA